UUGGGUAAUGGUCGAAACAAAAGCGCGAUAAGGGAAAACAAAAAAACAAAAAACGACCGACUCUCUCCAGUACCUGUCGGUUAAGUCACUAGCACUAAAGUGGAAUUAAAGGCUACUCGUUUUGGGAAAUGGAGAAGAAAAGGUGGGAUUGCUCUGCUCUCCCCAAGGGCUGGAAAAUGGAAGAAGUGACCAGAAAGUCGGGUUUGUCCGCUGGAAAAAGCGAUGUCUAUUAUUUUAGUCCGUCUGGGAAGAAGUUUCGCAGCAAGCCUCAGCUAGCACGCUACCUUGGUAACCAGAUGGACCUCAGCUCCUUUGAUUUCCGCACAGGGAAGAUGCUCAUGAGCAAGCUGAACAAGAAUCGCCAGAGACUACGCUAUGACAAUAACAGCCAGAACAAGGGCAAGCCUGACUUGAACACAUCACUCCCAGUCAGACAGACAGCCUCCAUCUUUAAGCAGCCUGUUACCAAGGUUACCAACCAUCCCAGCAAUAAGGUCAAGACAGAUCCUCAGAAAGCCGUUGACCAGCCCAGACAGCUGUUUUGGGAGAAGAAGCUGAGUGGUCUUAAUGCUUAUGACAUAGCAGAGGAGCUGGUGAAAACUAUGGAGCUGCCUAAAGGCUUGCAGGGGGUUGGUCCAGGUUGCACAGACAAGACUCUUCUGUCGGCCAUUGCAAGUGCCCUCCACACCAGUGCAGCCCCCAUCACGGGCCAGCUGUCCGCUGCCGUCGAGAAGAACCCAGGAGUUUGGCUCAACACUGCACAGCCCUUAUGCAAGGCCUUCAUAGUCACUGACGAGGACAUCAGGAAACAGGAAGAGCUGGUGUACAGUGUGAGGAAGAGGCUGGAAGAGGCACUAAUGGCUGAUAUGCUGGCUCACAUUGAGGAGGCGGCUAGCGAAGGAGAAGCUCUGAAGGAGGAGGGCAACGGUAGUGAAGACAUGGAGAGUGUAUAGCACAGAAUGGACAGAGGCAUGUUUGCAGCGGUGUUCAACACGCACUCUCACACAACAACCACCAACAGUCGGAGCCCCAUCCCGGUGCAUCGCCAGAAGAACCAUCCUCUUACCUCCGCCCCUCACCGUAGUGACACCAGUUCACCCAAAACAACCGUAUUCCCUUUGCCCGACCUUUAACCCUGUCACCUUCAGCCCCGCUUGUUGGGGCUGCGACUCCAGCGCUCGCUAAACAACACAGACAGUUACUCUGAAACCAACAUUAUGAAGAUGUUCCUCUGGCAGAAGAAGACAUCAACAAACUCUCAAAAGAUUGAAAAUUGAAAAGAGAGGUGUGUACAGUGUCACUAAAUCCUGUGUUUAAUAAUUUUUUUACUAAAAGGCAUCGGAUGGGUUUAUUUCUUUUUAUGACAAUCAUGUCAAAUCCCCAACCUUUUCUGUACAUGGUUCCAGAAAGGGUUGUUCGAGUGCUCUCUUUUGGUUUGGGUAAAUUUGAAAUGAAUGUUUUGUAUGUUUGAAAUGUAUGGCACUCUUUUUGAUGCACUCCAUGAGUAGUACAACACAACACGCAUAGACCCUCAUAUAUCACGGAUUCAUCUUAGAGGAAUUUAUAAGAUAUGAAAUCUAUUUAACUAUGGCCUAUUUGUGUCAGCCGCAGCGCUGGUUAAGAAUUAAGGAAGACGGCAGAAGUCAUGGGUGCAGAAAGCACUGCCAGAUCUGUGAGUCUAUCGCAGGGGGUAAAUAUUGAAUUGCAUUUUUAUUACGUUCUCAAGGAAAUAUUUUCAUUCGUUUCAGCUUGUUACAAUACCUGUCAUUUUCAGUAUUGACCAAAGAGGAGCCAUGUCGUUUACUGGGGAGAUAAAGCGCUUUUUUUUAAAAAAAAUUUCCUUGUUUUUCGGGGAGAUGUGUCCAUCCCAGGUUACUUCUCAGUCGAACCCUGAGCAGUCACGGCCCCGUGGCUGUGAUCGGCUCACAGCGAGAGUAAACCGGAGAUGGAGAUGAGCACAAUGGGAAGGAAAUGACUUGAAACCUCUUGCUUUUUUUUUUUGUAUAACUUACUUUUUUGUUAACACUUAUCAUAGAGGUGCUUGCUGGUGUUGUUGUGAAACAAUGCUAUUUCUUGCCAAAGCUUUGUUUCUCCGACAACUUCAGUUCAUUUUUUUUAAGCUGUCGAUGCUACCACACACAUGCUGCCUCUUAGUAAAUCCAUGCACACAAAUUGGUGACAAAAUAAAUUAUGAAUGAUUGUCAUAUGAAUGUCUUUCUCAUUUAUGUUUGAGGAAGGCUAAUUUUAUAUGUAUUGCCCCUAUUGCUCAAAAGUUUGGUGGUGAAUGACAUAGCCAACUGACAUGAGGACAGGCCCUACUGAAUAUCAGCAGGCUGAUCGCUGACAUUAAUUUGAUUGUGUUGCUUAUUAAAAAUGAA